AUGCUGGGAGGCGCCAUCACUCCCUCGGAAUCGGUCUAUCAGCCUUCGUCUCGUCGCGCCUUGUCUCACCAUCCCUCUUCCCACCUCGAGACCGGUAGCUCGAGGUCCACCUCAUCCAACACCACCCCCACUUCGUCCACAGCCCCGCCGUCCACCUCCGCCGCCGCUGGUUCUGCACGUUUGUCCUCGCACCCGCCACAGGAUGCUCCGGGCUACAUCAGUCGGCCUUCGCACACGCCUUCUCACCCAUCCACGCGGGAGACCUCUGUCACUGCCACGCCUGGGUCCGCCUACUCGUCCGACCUGUCCAACUCAAUGAGCAUCCACACCUCGCAUCCCGGCGAUGACGCUCAUCCCUCUCAUCAUGUUUCCGAAUCGUCUGGCGACCACGGCCAAAUCCCAACCGGCAGCUCGCAUCCGGGAAGCCGCUCGUCGCCCGCUUCGCCACGGUUGCGCCCGACAUUCCGAUCCAUGCGGUCGCUAGGAGGUUCCGAGGCCAGCUCUCCCAGUCGCAUCAAGAUCCGGGACCUGUCUCAUAUCCAGAGUUUCGCCAGCGAGGAGUUCCUGGCCCAGUCGCACCGGGACCACGUGCCCGGACAAUGGUCCCAGGAGUACCAAUACGAGAUCAGUUCCAUGCCGGUCACGGACAUCAUCGAAAUGGUUGCGGGGCUCCUGACGAAAAUCACCACCACCAACGACAUGCAUCACGAACACGUCCAUCGCCACAUCCCUCCUCCGGACGGCACCACGAACCUGAGCCCCCAGGCCACCAGCGUGCUCGCGUUUCACGGCAAGAAUGUGCCGAGUAUCAGCAUCCUCAGCUAUCUGUCCCGCAUCCAUAAAUAUUGUCCCACUACAUACGAGGUCUUUCUCAGUCUUCUUAUCUACUUUGACCGUAUGACCGAACUGGUCAACAAGGGCCAAAUUGAAAGCCUCCGCCGCCGCGGACCCAGUUCCUCCGCGGUCCAGGAAGAAGCGCCUCCUCGAUCUUCGCCUGUGACGCUUCCCACCCACACCUCUCCGAUGGUGACCCCUCCAUCCUCCGGUGGCGUCAGAGCCCAAGACCCCUCAACACCUUCCUCGGUCUCCCCGUCAUUAGAUCCCCAGGAGCAGGACGAUCUCCUCUCGCAUUUCUUUGUUGUGGAUAGUUUCAACAUUCAUCGACUGGUCAUCGCGGGCGUGACCUGUGCCAGUAAAUUCUUCUCCGAUGUUUUCUAUACUAAUUCUCGAUACGCAAAGGUUGGGGGCCUUCCGCUAGUCGAAUUGAACCACUUGGAACUGCAGUUCCUUCUGUUGAACGACUUCCGACUGUCGAUCCCGGUAGAGGAGCUCGAGGCAUAUGGGACCAUGCUUGUGGAGUUCUACGCACGGGAGGUUGUCGCUCAGCAGCAGCAGCAGCAACAACAGGCGCAUCCCACAAUCCCCCAUCACAUCAACCCACCCCCCACGUCUGACCAAGGAUCGGACGGGAUACACAUGCGUACGCGCGAACGACGUGACCUUGACCGGCCCAAAGUCCGGCAAACCCCAACUCCACCAUAA